AGCCCCCGCGGCGCGGGCGCUUCCGGGGACGUGUCUGAGGGCGAUGGCGGCCGGGGCGGGCGCGGCGCCGGCGGCGGAGGCGGACGAGCUCUUCGACCUCCGCAACAACUUCUACAUCGGCGCCUACCAGGCCGCCAUCAACGAGGCGCAGCGCGCCAAGCCCGGCAGCCCCGAGAAGGAGGUGGAGCGGGACGUGUUCCUGUUCCGAGCCUACAUCGCGCAGAGGAAGUUUGGAGUGGUGCUGGAUGAGAUCAGGGGCAGCUCCAGCCCCGAGCUGCAGGCGGUCAGGAUGUUCGCUGAGUUCCUGGCCCAGGAGAGCCAGAGGGACUCCAUCGUGGCCGAGCUGGACAAGAAGAUGUCCAAGAGCGUGGACGUGGCCAACUCCACCUUCCUGCUGAUGGCGGCGUCCAUCUACGUCCACCACCAGAACCCCGACGCCGCGCUGCGGGCCCUGCACCAGGGGGACACCCUCGAGUGCUUGGCCAUGAUGAUCCAGAUCCUGCUGAAGCUCGACAGGCUUGACCUGGCCAGGAAGGAGCUGAAGAAGAUGCAGGAGCAGGACGAGGACGCGACGCUGACGCAGCUGGCCACGGCCUGGGUGAACAUGGCCAUGGGCGGGGAGAAGCUGCAGGACGCCUUCUACACGUUCCAGGAGCUGGCGGAGCGCUGCAGCCCCUCGCUGCUGCUGCUCAACGGGCAGGCGGCCUGCGCCAUGGGCCAGGGCCGCUGGGACGAGGCCGAGGGGCUGCUGCAGGAGGCCCUGGACAAGGACAGCAGCCACCCUGAGACCCUGCUGAACCUGGUGGUGCUGUCCCAGCACCUGGGCAAGGCCCCUGAGGUCACCAAUCGUUACCUGUCACAGCUGAAGGACGCUCACAAGGACCACCCCUUCAUCAAGGAGUACCAGGCCAAGGAGAACGACUUUGACCGCCUGGCCCUGCAGUACGCACCCAGUGCCUGAGGCUGGGAUCCAGCUGGGAAAAUCCCUCUGGAGCUGGGAAAAAUCCCCUCUGGGAUCCAAAAAAUCCCUCUGGGACACAAAAACUCCCCUCUGGAACCCAAAAAAAUCCCUCUGGGACACAAAAAAUCCCCUCUGGGACACAAAAAAUCCCCUCUGGAACAGGGAAAAUCCCCUCUGGAACCCAAAAAAUCCCUCUGGAACAGAGAAAAUCCCCUCUGGAGCUGGGAAAAUCCCCUCUGGAGCUGGGAAAAUCGCCUGUGGGACACAAAAAAGUCUCUCCUGGGACACAAAAAUCCCCUCUGGAACCUAAAAAAUCCCUCCUGGGACAGGGAAAAUCCCUCUGGAACAGGGAAAAACCCCUCUGGAGCUGGGAAAAUCCCUCUGGGAUCCAAAAAAUCCCUCUGGGACACAAAAAAUCCCUCUGGAACCCAAAAAAUCCCUCUGGAACAGGGAAAAUCCCCUCUGGAACAGGGAAAAUCCCCUCUGGAACAGGGAAAAUCCCCUCUGGAACACAAAAAAUCUCUCCUGGGACACAAAAAUCCCCUCUGGAACCCAAAAAAUCCCUCUGGGACACAAAAAUCCCCUCUGGAACCCAAAAAAUCCCUCUGGGACACAAAAAAUCCCCUCUGGAACAGGGAAAAUCCCCUCUGGAACACAAAAAACCCUCCUGGGACAGGGAAAAUCCCUCUGGAACCCAAAAAAUCCCCUCUGGGAUCCAAAAAAUCCCCUCUGGGACACAAAAAAUCCCUCUGGAACCCAAAAAAUCCCUCUGGAACCCAAAAAAUCCCUCUGGAACAGGGAAAAUCCCCUCUGGAGCUGGGAAAAUCCCUCUGGAACAGGGAAAAUCCCCUCUGGAGCUGGGAAAAUCCCUCUGGAACCCAAAAAAUCCCUCUGGAACACAAAAAUCCCCUCUGGAACACAAAAAACCCUCCUGGGACAGGGAAAAUCACCUCUGGAACUGGUUAAAUCCCCUCUGGAACUGGUUAAAUCUCCUCUGGAAUCCAGAAAAUCCCCUCUGGAACCCAAAAAAUUCCCUCUGGAACACAAAAAAUUCUCUCUGGAACAUGGAAAACCCCCUCGAACACAAAAAAUUCUCUCUGGAACCCAGAAAUCCCCUCUGGAACAGGGAAAUUUUUUUCUGGAACACAAAAAAUCCGCUCUGGAACACAGAAAAUUCCCUCUGGAACUCAAAAAAAUCCA